AUGUUACAAUUUCCAGGAAAUAUGGUCUAUAAUAAUACUAACAUAAUAAACCAUUACCAACUACAGGGACAAGAGCAUAAACAAUAUACUACAAAAAAUAUCAAUUCUGGCAAUAAAACUAAUAAUACCAGCAUGCAACAAUACACUAAUGCUCCAUAUCGCAUCAACUACAAUAUCGCUCUUCAUAAUACUAACAAAAAUACUAAUAAUAAACCGACACUCCCCAGUAUAAGAAGCAUUACCAGCGACAUUGUUUCUAUUGGCAGCAACAAUGCCUUUAUGUUAGCACCACUGCCCUAUCAAAUAAUGACUAAUAAAAAACCCACGCUACCAGUCGUACUACCUGAUGAUAGAUUUCAAACACAUAAUAAUAUUAUUCUUCCUGGUGUAAACAACCUGCCUGUUUUACUGCCACCUCUUAUUAACACUGCCACCACCCGUUUUUCUACUGAGGGGGCACAUACUCCCUCUACUGGCAUAACUGCUUCUUCUUUUAUUGUUAAACAUGAUAAUAUAACUAAGAAAAGUUCUAAGAGUAUUAGAAAUAAUAAAAACAACAACACAACCAAGCUUCUUCCUAUUGCAUUAAGAAGAAAACAUAUAUGUAAAGUAUGUGGUAAUGGAUUUACCACUUCUGGUCAUUUAGCUAGACAUAGAAGAAUACACACUGGCGAAAAGAAUCAUGUUUGUCCAUAUAGCGAGUGUAACCAAAGAUUUAGCAGACAUGAUAAUUGCAUACAACAUUAUAAAACGCACUUUAAAAAAAAUGGUCGUAACUGA